UCUGGAGGCGCGACGCCCCCCGGAGCGCAGCUGCCGGCCAGUUCUGCGGCUGGCAGACAUGGGCCCGCCCACGGCCCCCGUGUUCGCCGCUCUGGUCGCUCUGGUACUCGCAUCGGCUGCACCACCGUCUCCUACACCGCGCACCACUGUAGGAACUACGGAGCGGCCAUGGAACAGAGGAAAGACAUUCAUGAAUCAGUUAGCACAGCUGCUAGACGCCAGAGUGAAAGACUAUGGAAUCUUCCGGAUGCCUCUUCACGACUACACCCAAGAACUGAAUCGAACGGUCUACGGUAUUAAGCUCGAAGGCAAAAUGAUGUUCCGCUAUGGCUUCAUAAUGAGUCUUGAUAGGAUUGCAUUUGAGCCAAGAGAAUAUCAACUCAACGAAAUGCAUGGCAUCGCCUACGUUAGGGGGUCAUUCAAGCUACAAAAUUUAACCAUCUUCUACGAUCUGUCGGCUCGCCUGAAAGACCAAGGACCCAUCAUCGGUACAGCCAAACACGUAUUCGAGACUUGUGGCAUUGAGGUCAGGGUGUGGAAACCAACGUCGGAGCGACCACAGUACGCUCUCAACGUGAAGCAUGUCCAGUCUGCGAGGCACACUGAGUACUUACCAGACACACCUGUCACCAGGGCAAUGGCCAGAGUGACGAGGCUGACGAGCUCAACGUACCUGUGGAAUGACAUUGAAAACUGGAAUGAUGGUGUGUUCAACGUCCUCCUGGGAGAAAUAUUGUAUCACGUAACAUAUCCAUUCUAGAGCAUUACUUUAAAUUGUUAAUAAAAACACACAAAAAUA